UCAGGACCCCAAGGAAGUGGAUCUACGAACCCAAAUUGUCGCCCCAGCAGGGAUCAGACAGCUGCGACAACAGCAAAGGCCCUGUGGCAGAAGGAAAUGGUGGGUGUGAGCGAUUUAAUCGGACACUGUUGGGGCUGUUAGGAACCCUGGGAGAGGAGCGGCGCCGCUGGCAUGAUCACCUGCAGGAGAUGAUCCAGGUGUACAACAACACAACCCACAGCGCCACAGGGUAUACUCCCUACUAUCUGCUGUUCGGUAGACACGGCUCCCUUCCUCAGGACUGCCUGUUGGGAAUACCAGAUGAGACUGGCUGCGCGUCGGUGGAGGACUGGGUAAAGUGCCAUCAACAGCGUCUGAGGUAUGCCUAUGAGAAAGCAGGGAAGCACACAGACAUUGAGAGAACCAGACAAAAACGACACUAUGACCACAACGCUGAGAACUCUCCCCUAUUGCCAGGCGAGCGGGUGAUGAUGAGAGACAUGAGGGCAAGGGGCCGAGGUAAGCUGGCCGACAAGUGGGAGGUUGUGCCUUAUAUAGUGGAAAAACAAACUAACCCAGAACUGCCAGUCUAUGUGGUCAGACCAGAGCAAGGGCAGGGAGCUGAGAAAGUGGUCCAUCGGAACAUGUUAAGGCCUUGCUCUUUUCCCCCUGUGGAGAGGGCAGCUGAAACCCCCAGAGCAGUUGGGAGGACCCCUAGGCGUGGAGAAGCCACGAGACAGGCCCCUAUCGACCCCCAGCCAGCAGAGACAAGUAGAGCCACGAUGAGUUUCCCCUGGGUAGGAGUUUGGGCCCCUACAGGUGCGAGACCAGAUGGUGAUGUGGCGCGAGGCGGGCAACGACCAGACCACAACCAUCCAGAUGUCAGAGACGGGCAGAGACUCGAGCUUGACCAACCUAGACGAUCCACCAGGGCUAACAUUGGGAUUCCUCCAACCAAAUAUGGAAACCAAUAACUUAUACAUCUAGUAUGGGCAUAGUCAUUGGGACACUGACUUUACAGCAGGGAAGGAUGUAACAUGGUGUUUUGGGCCUGAGGGUUGUUUGCAGUGAUUCACGGUGUGUUCUGAGUGGUGUGUAGUGUUUCACAUGAGUGUAGUGGUGAUUGGCACACUUUAAUUGAGCACUGAGCACGAACCUUUUCUACCGCACGUGUGUAGCAUGAUCACUAAUUAAGCACAGGUGCCUAGCAUUAUGCCACUACCCUCCUUAGGUGUUUCCCAUCACAAUAUUUCUACUUAUACCCGUGUCCACAAGCUAAUGGCAGUAUUGUCUGACGCUGUGUCCAUUGUAUCAAGGUUGGUGAUCGCGAUAUUCUUUGGUGUGGGCUCUAUACUUUCUCUGGGUUUCAUUUAAUUGUAAUAGAGUAUUGUCUGACGCUGUGUCCAUUGUAUCAAGGUUGGACCAGAGGAGAGUUGCUUGCGGACUGCCGGCCAUUGACCCUGUCCAAGCUGUGUCGUGUGUGUGAAUGAGAAUCAGAGAACCAGAAGAGCGUCUGGCUUGGCCGUGUCCCGGGAGAACGAGACUGACGCGCACGGCGCUGAAACCAUACGAACCUACCUGGACACUCCAGACAGACAUUUGAACUUUGAGUGCUGGCACUACUUUUAGCAAGCGCAUUUUAAUGUUUUAUAUUUAUUAUCAAUCCCUG